UAAAAUAGACGCACUCACUUUAAUGAACUUUCUGCUACAGUACUAUUUCAGAUCUCAAAUAUUUUUUAGUACUCAACACAGGCUCCUCUACUAUUAAAUUUCAUACAUUACCCUUCACUUUCUUCUAUCUAAGCUAAAUCUCUGUUUCUCACUCUCUCUACAAGUCAAGAGUUUGCUUCAGAUGAUAAUUUGAAGAAGAUAGCCAAAUGUGCUUGCUGCAUUUCUACAAUUGAUGAGUAUAAGUUAACGAGACUGAGAUUUGUUGAGUGAGGUUUUGAUGGAUCAUAUUUCAUCUACAGAGAGGGAUUUUGUGGUUGAUCUCGAGAGUUGUAGAAGUACAAGUGAAGAAGCAAGAAGUACUAAUUCUCCAUUAAAUGCCAAAGCAGGGGAUAUAUUAUUCACUAGUGUCUGUAAUGAUGAUGGUGAAGAACUUUCUAGAGCUGAAAAUGGGUUGAAUAUGAACAGCAAUAUAAAAGACGGCGCAGAGCUAUCUCCGGCAAAUAUUAGAGUGUUUAUAGACAAGACAAAUUUAGUAGAGAAGAAACCGGUGAAAGAAAAACGUAAAUCAAUGAGUGCUAAAAAACCUCCUAAGCCUCCUAGACCUCCCAGAGGAUUUUCAUUGGAUGCUGCUGACCAGAAGCUGAUAAAAGAGAUAGCGGAACUCGCAAUGAUCAAACGUGCACGGAUUGAGAGAAUGAAGGCAUUGAAGAAAAUGAAAGCAGCCAAGGCAUCGUCAACAUCAUCAGUAUUGAAUGGCAGUUUCCUUGCCUUGCUCUUUACUGUCUUCUUCUUUUUUCUGCUAUUGUUUCAAGGGAUGUCUUAUAGAAGUUCAGCUAUGAGCUUUCACAACUCUGUUCAAUCCGGCAGCGUGAAGAAUAGAUUCAUUAUUGUACAGGACCACUCAAAUUUAUCCACUAGUAAUGCCAUCUUCGCGGACUCUGGAUCUUCGGAUCCUGUGGAGCACGCUUCUGGUUUAACUCAUGGGAAUAGUCCGAAAAGUGUCACAAGCUGAAAUUUAGUGUCAUUACUCGAACUAUUCAAAUAUGAAUUCAGAUUGCCACUACGUUUCUGGCAUGCGCCAGUUUGAAGGAGUUCUACGUAAGUGACUCGGUAUAAGACUUACCUAAUUUGUAUAACCUGUACAGUGAUUGAUACUGGUUGAUUGAGAUAAAUAACCACUGCCAUAGCACACUAAGAAUGCCUCAGAAUUGCCAGUUCAGUAGCUAGCCUCAAAUUGACAAAGAGGUUUCUGGGGAGAAGCAUGGAUUGAAACAAAAUACAGAUUGGUCCUUUAAUAUGUAGCAGUUGGAUUAUAUGGUUUAUAAAAGAUAUAGAAAGAAAUGGUGAUGUCAAGUGGCAAAAACUGGUGAUAUAUGAGUUUCUUUUUCUUGUCAGUUGGAAGACCUAACUCCUUUGUGAUAUAUCUUUGAUGUUUAUUUGUGCCACAAUGGUUGAACUGAAUCCCUAAUUAUGAUAUUUGGACUAGUUAAAUAGUGCAUAAUACUCUGAGAACAAGAAUUUCAGGGCCUUGUAAUUGCUGAUCAAUCUUGUUUGACUUGCUUUACUUAUGUAUUGAUCGCCUGAACCACACUGGCGAUGCGCGUUAGAUCA